AUGUACUCCAGCAGGUAUGUCCACGCCCUCUACCUGGGCGCCCAGAGCAGUUGGCACGGCAACCGCGGUCACUUCCACUGGAGGUUGAUGUGUGAGUGUGCUGACAUCACCAUGCUGAGGCUGCUGGAGGCCUUCCUGAAGAGCGCUCCUCAGCUGGUGCUACAACUCAGCAUCAUGAUACAUGCCAACCACGUCCUGCCACUACAGGGUCUCUCUGCCUCAGCCUCCUUGGUCUCUCUGGCCUGGAUAAUAGCGUCCUACCAGAAGACUCUGAGGGACUCCAGAGAUGACAAGCUCCCGAUGUCCUACAAGGCUGUGAUUGUCCAGAUGCUGUGGCACUUCUUCACCAUCGGGGCCAGGACCAUCGCCUUCGCCCUGUUCGCCUCAGUGUUCCAGCUCUACUUCGGUAUCUUCAUCGUGAGCCACUGGUGCCUCAUGACGUUCUGGAUCAUCCAGGGGGAGACAGACUUCUGCAUGUCCAAGUGGGAGGAGAUCAUCUAUAACAUGGUAGUGGGCAUCGUCUAUAUCUUCUGCUGGUUCAACGUCAAGGAGGGCCGUGCUCGCUUCAGGAUGUGGCUCUAUCACACGGUGACUCUGGUAGAGAACGUGUCCCUCAUCGCGGCGUGGUAUCUUUACCGCGGGCCGAACACCUCAGACUUUUAUGCCCUCAUCGUGGUGUGUGUGGUGGUUUGUAGCUACGCUCUGGGGAUCUUCUUCAUGUUGGGGUAUUAUUGUCUCCUGCACCCUGACGGGCCGGUGUCCGCGGCUCAGUGGGGGGGGUGUGUGGAGGACGGGGGGUUGAUGGUGGAGUCCUGUGUGACCCCAGCCGAGGCAUCACCAUUCCCCCCUCCAGACGUGGUCACCAGCCCCCCUAGGACUCUAACUAGGACUGCAGGUGCGGAUCGGGGCGAGGUGGUACCAGGAGAUCUAGCUGUGUUCCAGGUUAGAUCCACCACCACUACCUCUCUGGCCCUGGCCCCUCGGCCCCUCAGGACAGAGGGGCCAGUGAUCCGGAUAGACCUUCCCAGAAAAAGGUACCCUGCCUGGGAUGCUCACUUCAUCGACAGGCGGCUACGGAAGACCAUCCUUGUCCUGGAGAACACCUCCCCGGUCACGCCCAGGAUCCAAUACCGCAGUCUGAGCAAACCCAAGGAGGUUAUGGAGUAUGAGACUACCGUGUAAUGUAACGUAAUCUAGCUACACUACCUCCACCAGUACAGCAGGGGGCUCCACCAGCCAGGUGAAGAAAGAGAAUGGACCAUGGUACUCAACUCUUAUCCUCCUGUUUGAAGUAAAUUAAAGGGUGCUUGGAGACAACAGUGUAUACUAUAAGUGUACCUUACUCCCUCUGUGGGAAGGGGAGACAAGGGGAGUUGAGAGAAGAAGGUUGAGGAGGCGGUGCUAUUGGAGGACUGUGUACAGGUGUAAGACAGGUGUCAGGGAUUUACAGGUCAGGUGACGUGGGCGUGUCAGUAAAUGUACCUGUUUAUGACCAGUGCAUGUGUGGAGUGUUUCCGCUCAGCUGUUGCCAGGUAACACAUUCUGUGUGUACUAUAGGAGCCAAUCGGCUGUAGCCGAGAUCGAGGGUGAGAGGUGAAAGGUCAUCUAAAGUCACACCAGGUCGUGCCCUUAUGGAGAACUGCAGGAGGAGACACUGAAACAAGACAUGGGUCAUGAGUCUCUUAACACUGAAACAAGAUAGGACAUGGGUCAUGAGUCUCUCAACACUGAAACAAGCUAGGACAUGGGUCAUAAGUCUCUCAACAAUGAAACAGUGAACACAGUCAUGUCAACGAUGAUGAUAGGUGACUGCUGUGAUGCUCAUGAUGAUGAUGAUGAUGAUGGUGAUUGUGCAGCCUUGUCCCAGAUAUAUUUGUGCUGACUUCUAUGUUCAUUUUCUUGACAAUGACCGCAGGAGUUGACAAGACAUGAUGUUGUUGACAGUGAUGCUCAUGUAGAAAUAACUGGGAAAUCGUAAUUCACCAUUCAGCUGUUAUGAGGAAGGACUCAAAGCUGAUUGGGUAGAAAACGUUGUUGUCAUAGUAACAUGAAAACAGUGACAGUGGUGUGUUGAUGACCUGCUUCAGUGAUUGGAGGUUCGGUUUAGCAAAUUCAAAUCAUUCAUUACCUUUAUUCAUGUAGGAUUAUUUAUUGUCCUGUUUAUUUGUAUAUUUUAAAAUCGUUUACUUGCUCAGUGGCCAUGCCUUUGAUAAUGUUUCUUAUCAAGGUGUAAACAUAUACAGUGUCUUGCCAAAGUAUUCACCCAGUUUUUUCCUAUUUUGUUGCCUUACAACCU